GCACAUGUAAAUAAAUAAUUUUUUAUGGACUAUUCGAAUUUAUAUAAGGACUAUACUAUAUAAACUUUUCGGUAAGAUAUUUUAAUAUUUCUUUUUUUUUACUGUGAAAUAAUUAGUCAAAUUACAGAUUUAAUUACAGACAAGAGAUCUAGACCUUCGUUUAAUAUUUGUGGUACGUAGCAUUAUGUAUUAAAGAUAUGUAUAAUAGGUCAUAUAAAUAGUCUAUGAUUAUUAUGAUUGUAGAAUCACGUACUGAACGAGGAACAAAAUUGCUUGUACAGUAUAAUCUGAAUUUGCUUGGGUAAAUUGCCUUUUGAUAAAAGUUAAAAAUAAUUCAAAACAAUGAGUGGAAAAACAGUAAGAUUUUCAAACGAAGCAACUGCUUUUUACAACGAAAAUGAAAAGGCUGCAAUAUUCUUAUUCAAGUUUAUAAUAACUACGCUGAAUCGUAACUAGAUGGAAGUACCGGUGGAAGAGGAAUAUUUUUUUCCCUAUUAAUAUUUUUUCCCUGCUAUCCCUGCCAUCAAUAUUUUUAUUACCACUUCAAAUAUUCAUACUUCUACCGUCAAUAUUCAUAUUCACACUACUUCAAAACCAAGUAUUCAAUAUUUAUCUUUCACCCCGACCACCUGCAAUAAUUUGAAAACCUUUAGAGCAUAUUUAAUUAAAAUAUCUAUAUUCUAAUUGAAUGCAUUAGAAAUAUACAAAUGUAUGAGGAGACGAAAAUUCUUACACUGGGCAGUUCAGUUGUAUUUGGUCUUGGCCUUCUGUGGUUUGCAUAUAAAUGUUUCUAUCACAAGAAGCUGGGCAAGAGAGGUGUAGUCAAGUCAUUGUAUCUCUAUCCGGUCAAGUCUUGUGCAGGUAUCAAAUUGGAUCAAGUCAAGAUUGAAGAAGUUGGUCCAUUGCUGGAUAGGUAAGAUCACGGUUAAUAGACCUAGACUCUAAUAAUUAAGUUAAUAGACUCUAGGUCUAUUAACCGUUGAAUUACUGUGUUGUAAUACAAAUUAGAUAUUUGCCUGUUAUGAAUAUCACAUGGCUAAAUUGUGAGAAGAUAGUGCUAAGUGGUCAGCUUAGUCACUAAAGGCAUUGUCACAUGGCCUCGUGGCAGACUACUGCAGCAGCCUAAUUAAUGUACUACACACUUUCCACUAUGGCCUGUUGCAUCUAACCAAGUUUGUGUUCAUUUUGGUCAUUAGCUACUAUGCAGCUGAAGUUUUACAGUUCAUCUGCAACAAAACCCUGAGCACUACAUUAAUGAUUAAUAUAUGAAAUAUGCAGAUAAUUUAUCUAGUUCCCUGGUGAAUUGGCUGUUUGCCCACAUUUAUACACAGACAAAUUAUCAUAUGAAAUUUACCCUUUGCCAUGCAAGAUCAUUCAUGAUAUCCCUCAAUUUAAUGCCUUUCUGAAUGUUGUCUCUGAUGUUAUUUUAAUUAGGACGUGGGUGUUGAUGAACUCAAAAGGCAUUUACCAAAACCAGAUUUCCAUACCCAAGCUUGCUUUGGUGCGGCCCUCUUUUGAAGAUGGAAGAUAUUUAUGUCUGGAUGCACCUGGUAUGCCAACACUCAAGUUAGAUAUUUAUAUGGAGGAGGAAGACACCAGAGAGAGAGUGAUGCUUAAGUAUGUGAUUGGAGAGAUGAUCAAUAUUAUUGAUUAUCAUGAUCAUCAAUGAUAUUGAUCACUCUAAUCAUUGAUAAUAAUCAAUUAUAUAUAUAUUGAUUAUCAUAUUCAUUGAUAAUCAUCAAUGCUAUUUAUUGAUUGUAAUGGUAAUCAAUGAUGUUUAUGGAUUAUCAUAUAGCCAUCAAUAUUUUUUUGUUAUAAUCCUCAUCAAUUAUAUAUUAAUUGUUAUAAUGAUCAAUGAUAUUUAUUGUUAGUGCUAUUUGUCAGCUAUCAUAAUCAAGAAUAUUAUUAAUUGUCAUAAUCGUCAGUGACAUAUAUUGGUUCAUAUUUGACUGUCUUUAGUACACUAUUAAAUAUCCCAGUGGUGCUCUGCUGUAUUAUAAUUUGGAGUGUUGAAUUGGUAAAUUUAAACUAAUUUAUUUAAACUGGAUAGAUCUAGUUCUAAAAUGUUCUCCCUGGAGGCCUUAUAGAGAGGUCCAUCCUUUAAUCUGUUGUUAUAACAGUAGGAAAAUGGAGUACCUGAAGGAACCUGUGGUGUUUGGUGGAGUUAAAUGUGAAGAAUGCUUCUCAAAUGCAAACUCUCUAGAUACCUUUACUUUUCUUUAAGCUUAUUUUCAACAAGUGGUGAAGGUUUAGACUGUGGAGACGAGGCAGCUGAGUGGUUUGACAAGUUUCUUCGAAAAAGUGGACUAAGAUUAUACAAUGGACAAAACAAAAACUUGACACGUAGAGGACUGGAUCCCGUCUGGCAGGAUGCGACCAAGGAUGGUGAUAGGGUCAGUCAUUGGAAUCUAUAGUUCAACUUUACUCAGUAUUGUUGGUCAGAGUAAAUAAAUAAAGUUAGUAGCUUAUAAGUUUAGAUUUUCUCCAGUUAUGACAGUGAACCAACCCUAACCAAAACCUUGCUGAAGAUAAUUAGAAAAGGGGUGGGGUGGGGUCAGAUUUUAAAAAGUGUCGACCUGUGCCCAAGAAAAUUUUUUAAAAGUUUUGAAAAAGUGAAUAUAAAAAUGAUUUGCGAGAAACAUAUUUUAAAUUAAACACAACGUCAAUUUUUUUUCAUCCGCAUUGACAAUUUCCAAUUUUGCAUCAUCAGAGUCCAAACGCAAGCGUCUCGAUUUAGUAUGUAGCAUUUGAGGCUAAGGACAGAAAAGUACUGGAAUGCGGAUCCAAGAAUUUUUCCAAAAUGUUCGGAAAAAGUAUAUAAUACCGAAAUGAUCAGCGUAUGGAGAAAUAUGUUUUGGACAUGUACACUACUUGGUUGACAUAGAGGUGAUACCGACCAUAGAAGUGACAGACAUAUAAUCCUGUAAGAAAAAAAUAGAAUGUAUCCAGACUUCUGGUUUCUUCCUGCAAUACACUGGACCAAUAAGAGCUGGGUGGACCUUACUAGACCUCUAGAGAGAACAAGUAAUACUGGAACUAACAGUAGAAAAAAUUUUGUUUAGUUUAGAUUUUCUCUUGCAAUAACACUGGAAUUUUAUCUUCUUAUAUGUAAAACAUAUAUUACAGGUUAUUUAUUCAAAUUUCGCGCCUAUAUUAUUAACAUCGGAAGAUUCUUUAACUGCACUCAACGAGGAGUUGAGUAACAGUCCAGUAGAUAUGAGAUCAUUUCGCCCAAGUAUAGUUGUCCAGGGUGGUGACGCGUUUGAAGAAGAUGCGUGGAAGACUGUCACCAUUGGCGAUGUUACUUUAAGAAAAUUCAGAAAUUGCUCUAGGUACAUUGAGUAAUUAUUCACUUCAAAUUAAUAAAACUAUCCAAACCACCUAAUUUUUACUUCUACUUUUUUUACUUAAUUCGCUUUCUGCUCCAGAUCUUCACAUCAAUUCUGCUCUCCUUCCUCCACUCUAAGCUUUCAAACAACUGAAAGUUAUUUUUCCUCAACCUGGUCUGUUUUAUGUAGUCUGGUUAUUUUCUAAAACGACGAACUAUUUCGUAAAACUGAUUUAGUUAUUUUCCUGUUUUUCCAUGUUAAAUCUUGAAGAAUGAAAGUAGUGAUAGGGAUAUAUUAUGAUUUGGUUAAUUUUGUUGCCCGUAUUACUUCACCUUAAGACUCCUUAACAGGGACGCCGGAACGAUGUGAAGGCAAAGGGGGGGGGUUUUCGUGAAAGGGCACUUUUGAAUUGAUAUAUACUAAGAGAUGUUUGCAAAACAUCGGGAGUUGAACUUCGCCUAAUCAUGUUUUCUAUUUAUUGGAUGAUAGGGGUGUUCUCCGCCAGGCGAUUGCGCUAUUCUUGAAGCUCGAUGACUGCAUUUCUUGCGUUUUCUGAAGCAAAUUCGUAAAAUUUCUGACAAUUCGCUAUUUCGCCAAGGCAAUCCUUUAAGUUGAAAUGGGCACCUUUGCCCCUCCUGGUAAAGGACUACGGGAGCGGCUGCCCCUCCCCCCCCCCCAGUUCCGGCGUCCCUGCUCCUUAGACUUUGCCCACAGCCACCUACUUCAUCAACACAGCCACCUACUCAGCAUAAUUUUGAAAGCUCUGCUCAGACCUGUCUUACAGCCUGUCUUCCUCAUUGUUCACAAUAUCAGCGCUAUACAACGCGCUAUACAACAUCACUGACCUGACAACAAUUUGUCCAAGGUAUAUCAUUUCUGUUUAGAUGCCCAUUGAUAACAGUGGAUCCUGAUGCUGGCGUCAUGAAAAAGAAUGGAGAACCACUUGCAACACUGAGGAGGUUGUUUAUGUUACAGUACUUUUCAAUUAUUCAGUGCGCUUUACGAAAGUCUGGCAUUAGGCAGAAUAAAAGUCCAUUUCGUAUUAGACGAAGUUUCUAUCUUAGUCCGUCUGGGUGGUUCGACUUGUGUUUUCAACUGCACACGUAAAAACGUGCAAGUCGUUGCAGAUCUGCAAACAGAGCUGCAAGCUGACAUCGGGAUGUGUUCGCACUGCUUGUUCCCAGUUGUUGUGACAAGUCUGGAACAAGUUGUUAUCACCUUGUUGCAAGGUUGUUGCUACAAGUUCUUGCAACAAGACUAAUACAGGUUGUUCGUAACAAGUUGCUACGAGCUUGUUGUUGUCAACUUGUUAACAACUUGUUACGUGCAGACAAUAUCAGACUGUUGGAACAACUUGUUGCGAGUCUGUUGGCCUCAUCAACCUUGUUACAAGAUGAUAUCAACUUGUUCCAGACUUGUCAACAACUGGGAACAAGCAGUGCGACAUCUUCUUGACAAGCUGGGAGAUUUUUACGCAACUAAGACGGAAUAUAAACCGUCUCUAGUAUACAUCAGACCAUAAAAAUUGUCGGUUGUUAGACAGGAUUAAGAUUCAAAAUGUACAUUACUCCUUAAUGUCACCAUCGUGGUUUACAAUUGAUACAAAUAGCUCAACAUCUUUCUGUAAUUAUUUUUUUAGAAUACGUACAGGUGUAAAGGAUGUCGAUAAAAGAUUGACUAAGAAACCUUUAUUUGGAGUGUUUUUUAUUGCGGAUCAGCCUGGGGUAGUUCAUGUUGGAGACGAUGUGAAUGUUCUGGCAUGAAUAAUGUUUAUACGGAAAAUUAUGUACGUUGUAGUACCAAGUUCUUCAAUAUAUUGGGGAAAUUAGGGGUAUGAAUCUUGGAUGGAGCAUGCUUGGUUUAUCAUGCUUACUUUAUGGGAGAAUUUUGAAAAAUCGUGUAUGCUUAUCUGAGAUUAUGAAGUGUUCAAAGGUCUUCAUUGAACAUCAUUUUUUGGUGCAUGUUUAUGUAUUAUAUACCAUGUGGGGUUGGGGCAAUAUAUUCUAACGAAUUGAAAUAUUUAAAUAAAUCUUUUUUAUCCUGUAUAUUACAGUAUGUAGCAACAGCAUUUUGAAAUAAACUAUUUUAUACAAUGUACC